UUUACACUGGAGAGAAAGCUUUGGAAAUUGGACCCAGUCUGGACUUUAUUGGAACAGUUAAGUUAAUAGUUUAUUGGUCAUGUGUUUUAAGUAGAUACCCCCUAAUAAGAUGUAUUAGUGCAACAGUCAGAGGUUUUAGCAUUCUAUAUGCAUCAACCAGUAUUUACUCUCAAUUUAUUUAUAGUCUAUAAUAUUUACAGAGUAUGUCAGACUGCAUCAAACCUUUGGACUCUGGUGUCUAUGUCGAGAUAAGACUCGGGGGCUGCAAACACACAGUAUAAAAUGAGUUCCACUUCCUCCUGAAGAGCACUCUGUAUUGAAGCAUCCAACGAGAAAGUAUUUAUCUGAAAAUGGCAGCUGUCACUUCCCAGCCCCAGUAUGGUGCUGGCUACGCCCCCAGCGAGUUUCAGACUGGAGUUCUGGACUGCUGCGAUGACUGCGGGACUUGCUGCUGUGGUUUACUGUGUUUCCCGUGCUUAUGUUGCAAUGUUGCCAGAGACAUGGAUGAGUGCUGCUUGUUCGGUCCAAGCAUGGCCAUGCGAAGUCUCUACAGGGCUAGGUAUAACAUCAAGGGAUCUCUGUGUAACGAUUGGCUCUGUACCACCUUUUGCAUGGUCUGUGCCACGUGCCAACUAAAGAGGGAUAUUGAUAAAAGAAAGGAGCAGGGGAUUUUUUAAUUUUCCAGAGGUGAAGGGGCACUGCAUUAAACCCGGAACAAGCAGAAUGAAAUGGUUUGAUUAAUCUUAUUGCACUGAAACCCCAUUGUGAUACUGUAUAUAAGUUACUUGAUCAUUUCAAUUGAUUACAUGAAAACAAUCAACGGUGUUAAAUAAAUUACAGGUUUAUUAAUAUAAUUUUAAAAUGUUCAGAUUUUAUCAUAUUUAUUAUUAUCAGAUGUAUUUAAAAUAAUAAAACCUUUUUAAACAUUCA